AUGCAGCUAGCAGAUUUUUACGAGGAAGGCGGCUGCAAAUUUUUAUUAAUUUACGCAGCAAUAUUCCUUACAAUCACAGUUGGGAGUAUUGGCCAAGCAGUUUGGCUAUUUAUUUGGUGGGGAAGAGUGAAAUACGAUUUUAGCGUUAGAAGAAAUGGAAAUGAUCUCGCGUUUGGUCUUUAUGUAUCCAUUCUUAGUGGUUGGAUAUUUGGAGCUAUCUUUUGGUUUUUGGGCGUAUAUUCUGCAAUUCAAGCGUAUAUUGUUACAAAAUGCCGUGGAAAAACAGGCUCAUUCACAGAACUUUUAAAGAAUACAUCGUUUUUAGCUGGAAUCGGCUUUCUUAUUUCAUGUUUUUUGGUAAUUAUUUGGUCUACAGAUAAAAAAUGUGCCGAACUCUAUUCCAAAUCACUAUAUCCCGGUAACUCAACCAAGUCUUACCAGACAUGGUAUAAUAAAACCAUUAACAGCAUUCCAGACGAAAAAAGAGAUUUAUUUAUCCAAAAUUUCAACAAAUGGCGUUGCAACGAAGGACAAACCUACACUGAAAUCUUCUUCGGAAUCUUUAUUUUCGCUUUCAUUUUACUAAUUCUUUCAAUUCCAUUCUGCAAAUACGUAUUAGAGCUUAAUGUUGCACUUCUUUUAAAGAGCUGA